AUGUUGCAGCUGAUUUUGAUCGCGCUGACAGCGGCUGCGGCCGUUUCAGCAUCAAUCCUUCCUGCCGAGCAACCUCCUAGUAGAGUGGCUGAACGUGCUUCAACUUGCACACCCAAAGCCGGAGGAAGCGGCUCCAUCGACGAUGUCCCAGCAUUACAGUCGGCCAUAGCCAGUUGCGCUUCAGGCACGAUAUACAUACCUCCUUCGACCACAUAUUAUGUGAACUCAGCUUUGAGCCUCAAAGGUUGCUCCGGCUGCACGAUACAGCUCGAAGGGACCCUUAAGAUCGCUUCCGACACUGACUAUUGGAACGGUAAAACAGCUCAGAUUGAAGUAAAUGGGAUCAACGGACUGAAGAUAUACUCGUCAUCGGGGAAUGGUCUGAUCGACGGGAAUGGCCAGAACGCAUAUGACCGCUUUGCCGAGGACUCAAGCUAUGAUAGGCCAACCUUGCUUUACAUUACAGGAGCAAGCAACAAUGUGGUGGUCCAGAAUAUUAAAUUGAAGAACCCCCCAAAUGUCUUCAUCUCCGCGACUGGCAAAUCCACAAACCUCCAGUUCACUGGCCUCAAUCUUUCUGCCACGUCAAAGAGUUCUAACCCUGCCAAGAAUACUGACGGCUUCGACAUUGGGCCAGCGUCCUACGUUACCGUCACCGGGACAACCAUUACGAACGACGAUGACUGCAUAGCAUUCAAACCUGGAGCCGACUACGUGACGGUCACUGACAUCACGUGUACGGGUAGUCAUGGCUUGAGCGUUGGGAGCCUUGGAAACAAGCAUGGAAGUACAGACACGGUAUCGAACGUAUACGUCAAAGGCGCCACCAUGAUCGACUCGACCAAAGCGGCCGGGAUCAAGCUCUACCCAGCGGGUUCGGCCCACGGGACGGCGGUCGUCAGGAACGUGACGUGGGAAAACGUGGUCGUGGACAAUUGCGACUAUGCGUUCCAGAUCCAAUCAUGCUAUAACGAGGACGCGGAUUACUGCAAAAGCACACCAAGCACAGCCACUCUGAGCGGCAUCGUGGUCAAAGGGUUCUCCGGCACAACCAGUAACAAGUAUCAGCCGACUGUAGCAAAUAUCAACUGCCCAGCUGGCGGGUCUUGCGGCGUGGCCAUGAGCGGUAUGACUGUGAAGCCGCCGUCGGGGACGGCGAAGUACUUGUGCGCUAACACGCCGAGCGGGUUGGGUGUUACUUGCUCAAGCGGUGCCAGUGGGUGA